AUGGCCUCAGAAGAAGCCAAUGUCGCGGACGCCGAUCCCCAGAUCUCCUUCAAGGUCAAGACCUCCAGCGAUGGCAACCACUCCAUCACCAUGUCCGCAUCUGCGUCAGUGCUUGAUUUGAAGAACAAGCUAUCUGGCGAUGAGUACGAGAAGGUGCCUGCGGAUAGGCAGCGACUGAUCUACUCGGGCCGCGUUAUGAAGAAUGAGGAUGCGCUGAGCAAAUACAAUAUCAAGGCUGGCAAUACGAUACACAUGGUCAAGAGCGCCCAAAGCAAUAUUGCACAGAAUCCUGCCGCUGGGGGCGCUGCUGCUGCUGGCGUCGGUUCAACUGCUCGAGCAGCACCCGGUGUGCCUACCAAUAUGGCGGCUGGCACAGCCAACAACCCAUUAGCUGGCUUGACUGGUGCUCGCUAUGCCGGACAUAUGGCGCUUCCGGGAGCAGACAUGUUUGGCGCAGAUGGUGGAAUGGGUGCACCACCUAGCGAGGAUGCCAUGGCCCAAAUGCUCGAAGACCCCAACAUCCAACAAACUCUCAAUGAGGCCCUCAACAACCCAGCCAUGGUUGAUAUGAUGAUCCAAUCCAUUCCAGGCCUCAGCAACAACCCGCAGGCUCGACAGAUGCUCCAAUCCCCAGAAUUUCGACGAAUGAUGACAAACCCAGAAGCAUUGAGACAGGCUGCCCAAAUUCGGAGAAUGAUGGGGGGAGGUGCCGGAGGUGCGAGUGCAUUCCCAGCCCCAGGUGUCACGGAUACAACACCAGGUGGGCCAGCUGGUAGCAAUGCCACUACAGACCAGGCCAACGCGCCGCCCGUCAAUCCCUUUGCGAUGCUAGGCAACCCGGGGGCCGGAGGGGCAGCCGGAGGAAAUCCUUUUGCAUCACUCUUCGGCGGCCCUGGUGGAAUGCCUGCAACCUCACCCCCAGCUCCUGGUUCAACAGAUCGAGGUGCCUCCCCCACUGGCCAAGGGGACGCGGCAACAAACCCCUUUGCAUCUCUCUUUGGCGGCGCUGGAGCUGGUGGAGCCGGCGGAGCAAACCCCUUCCAAAUCCCAGGAUUGCCUCCCAUGAGCCCAGAGAUGCAACAACAAGCCAUGCAACAGGCUAUGCAAAUGUUGCAAGGCGGAGGCGGAGCUGGUGCUGCUGGAGGAUUUCCUGGCCUUGGUAACCCAGCAAGUCCCCCACCACCUGCCGACACGAGACCACCCGAGGAGAGAUACGCAGAGCAACUGAGGCAGCUGAACGAUAUGGGAUUCUUUGAUUUUGACAGGAAUGUGGAGGCUUUGAGACGUAGUGGUGGAAGUGUGCAGGGGGCUAUUGAGCAGUUGCUGAGUUAG